AUGGCCUACAAUGCCAUCUCCCAGAACGACCAUGACGCCGCUUCGAAUGCCUCGGAUUCUGAUGCGUCCGAUUCCCCUCCCCUUCCGAAGGCGUCCUUCGAGCCUCUCUCCCUCGACUUCGAGAACCUCGGAGGUUCUACGCUCAUGAAAACGGCUUCAACCGAGAAAGCCCCCUCUAUAUCGCUGAAAUCGGUAAUCCGUUCCCGCGGGGCAUCGACUACCAGCUAUGGUAUGUUGGAGGAUGACGACUAUCACGCUGCUGAUCAAGGCCCUAAAUCGAAGCGCGAUUGUCAUGUGAAAGAGAUGCAAGCCGAAAGAUCCGCGGACGCAUCUCGAGCGACCCCUUUAAACACGGCUUUCUCCUCCCCUCAGUCCCCAGAGCUCAUACUACAGAGUCCCGCUACGGACGGUCCGGACCUAUGCCAUCCAACGCCAGAUCUUCAGUCACUUCAAGGCGCCUAUGUCGGAAACGUCGAACGGCUCGAGAAAACUGCUGAACGUCUCAGUUUAGCAUUGGAUAGUGGUGACAAUAUCGCGAAAUUGGAAGAUGAGCAAGGCGUACGGACUCUGGGAUCUCCGAUAGGUUCAAUCAGGUCACGAAAGCAGUCUGUCGGGUCGUGCACGGGACCUAUAGAUACCAGAUCUGGCGUUUACUCCCCCCGGCGACAGUCUUCAUCCCCUAGGCGGUCGAUACAAUCCCCUCCAUCUUCUCAAGCCUCUGCUCGUUUACGAUCGGGCUCUGUUGCAUCCCGCUUAGCCAAAGUGAUCGAGCCUGAAAACGAAGACCGGCACAACGUCUUGGAACAGGAAUUUUCCAUCCCAUCUACGAUCCCUCCCACAUUGAAUCCUCCUUCUAUACAUUUACCCCAGGAGCCUCCACUGUACCACGAACCAACCAUGGGGGCUCCCAUCUACGACGGACAACCAAUAGACCGCCCUGGGACUGCAGGUUCUACAGACACCUACCGGCAGGCCACCAACUUGUUCAAGGACUUCGAUGGCGUACAUUUCACAGCCUAUUCGAGUGAGCAGUCGAGCUCUCGACGACUGUCCUUAAGCCAACCUCCGCUUGCGAGUCUACCGCAGGCCCACAAGGAGCCAACGCCUGGUGAAAACAUGGUUUAUUACCCUGCUCCGGUGCCGAUGGUAUUAAAUUUACCCCAGCGGCUAUCCAAGAAGCCCGCUACGUCUGAGCAGGAGAAACGUCGGACCCAGUUAAUCAACUCGAUGCCCGCAGACAAACGGAAAUCAGCCUGGUUGCCCAUGGGUGAGAACCAAAGCGAUGCCCCUUUGAGGCAGAACAAGAGAAUUUCUCAGAUACCGCCCCAACUCCGUGCCAGUGCCUUUUUUGAGCAGCCACCGACACAUCUGGACAUCACAGUGAAGGAGAAUUCAGCCGUUGCUACUUUAGAUAGUAUCCUCGAUGCUGCGGCACUGGCGCCUGUUAGCGCCUUUACGGAUCAUCCUAUUGUGGGUCACAUUGGAGCCGGAGUAUAUGGGAAGGAGAAAAUAAAGAAACGAAACAAGGCUGAGAAACAUAAGCCUCUAUCGGAAAUCCCGCUUGACGUGGGAGAACCAACUCACAGUCGUAACCCCUCCGGGCGAAGCGCUGGCCAAAUAGAGGGCAACAAUGGGGCAGAUGAAUCCACUCCUUUUAGAACUUCGUAUGACCGUGAGCGUGACGGAGAGGGCUCUGAUCGGUAUGAUGAUCCGCAAGAUCCACAAUCCGAUGGUUCUGAGAGCGACGAUAGCGAAGGCAAGGAAGAAGCCUUUAUCGGUCCACCGACGACGUUACUGGCUGAACUACAGAUGCGAAAACAAGAGCAAAAGCAACGAAGUCGUACGGCUGCAACUGCGUUCCCAAACGGUAUGCAUUCAACGUUGCUCGAGCUAGAUGCUGUCGCACAGCGUCAGCGCGAGAAUAGGAACCAGCGACAUGUCACUCUGGCCUGGGAGGAUCCUGGGCUAGCGGAAUGUCGGGAGCCUGACGACGACGACGUACCACUUGCACUACUAUUCCCCGAAAAGUCCAGACAGGCUGACGAGAAUCGACCGUUGGGUCUCAUGGAAAAGCUACAACUAGAGGAAAAUGAGCCGCUCAGUCAUCGGCGUGCUCGAAUGCGAGGAGAGCCGCCACCUGUUCCACGUCCGCGCCCCACUGGGACUCCUCAGCCUCCGGCCAACAGAGCGAGUACAGCGUUUACACUUGAUAUCCCUGGACUAGAAGAUAACGAGAGCGAUGAAGAAGAGACCUUGGCCCAGCGCGUUAGAAGGUUGAAGGCUCGGGAAGAGAAAACGGCAAGUUCGGACUUUGCAAGCGAACUACUGUCGAAAUUCGGGGACGAGAAACCUCCUGAAAAGCCGCCAAGUGAAGAUGGGGAACCUGAGGAAGAAACCCUUGCUCAACGACGGAAACGUCUUCAAGCAGAGGCCGAGGCGGGCAAUUCUAAUGAUCACGCUAAUAAAAUCUCUAGUCGACGGAGUAUGGCUAAUAUUCUCCAAGCGCACCCAGUCGGGAUGCAGCCACCGAAUGAGGUAUAUUCCUCAGGCACUGGAGCUGCGGCAAGUCGACAAUCAUUGCUCGCCGCUAACCGCAUGUCCAAAAUAUCCUUGAAAGGCCCGCUUCUCUCAUUUGGCAAUGAACUGAACAGUGGAACAACGCCGUAUAACAGCCAUGGUCUCAUUGCACCUGCCUACGGGAACGGUCUACCAGCGGUGAACUUAAACCCACACUUCUACGCACAGCCGACUUAUCGUCCGGGGAUUCGAGCCGAGCCGGCAACCUUGAUUGACCAGAAGCAGAGAGAUAUGAUUGAUCGAUGGAGACUUGGAGUUCAGUGA